UCUUCAUUUCCUCUGCAUUUUCUCUCUCUGCUUCAGCCGACGGUAGCCUGACACAAUGGUUCACGUUUGCUUCUACCGCAACUAUGGGAAGACAUUCAAGAAGCCUCGACGCCCGUACGAAAAGGAGCGUCUGGAUGCAGAGCUUAAGCUCGUUGGAGAAUACGGGCUCCGUUGUAAGAGGGAGCUAUGGAGGGUGCAAUACGCACUGAGCCGUAUCCGUAACAAUGCAAGGAUGCUUCUCACUCUAGAUGAGAAAGACCCAAAAAGAAUCUUCGAGGGUGAGGCCCUUCUUCGAAGGAUGAACAAGUACGCUCUUUUGGACGAGAGCCAGAACAAGCUCGAUUACGUGUUGGCACUCACUGUUGAGAACUUUCUAGAACGCCGCCUUCAGACACUUGUGUUCAAGGCCGGCAUGGCUAAAUCGAUUCACCAUGCUCGUGUUCUCAUCAGGCAGAGGCACAUUAGGGUUGGAAGGCAGGUGGUGAAUGUCCCGUCUUUCAUGGUUAGAGUUGACUCUCAGAAACACAUUGACUUUUCUCUCACUAGCCCGUUCGGUGGUGGUCGUCCCGGUAGAGUGAAGCGAAAGAACCAGAAAGCUGCUUCCAAGAAAUCUGGCGGUGGUGGUGAAGAAGAAGAGGACGAGGAUUAAGCAUUUCCUUUCAGUUAUUAAAAAAAUCGUUUUAACUUGUUUUGCCAAUUUCAUGUUUGAAGCUCCGUGGAGUAUCGGUUGUGUCGACUUUUAUCCCGUUCUUUUUUUUAAUCUCUUGUUUUAGCCUUUUUGUUGGUAUGAGAUGACAGUUAGCAAAGAAUUUUGUUGUUUGAGUUGCAAUAUCAAUGACUAUUUAUAGGUUCUGAUAUAUUUUGAUUAUGCA